GCGUCUUCCUUUCCUUUCCGAGCUGCAGCAGAGCGGCCGCCAUGAGUAUGCUCAGGCUUCAGAAGAGGCUCGCCUCCAGCGUUCUGCGCUGUGGCAAGAAAAAAGUAUGGUUGGAUCCAAAUGAAACAAAUGAGAUCGCUAAUGCCAACUCACGUCAGCAGAUCCGCAAGUUGGUUAAAGAUGGUCUGAUUAUCCGUAAACCAGUGACUGUCCAUUCCCGUGCACGCUGCCGCAAGAACACCCUUGCACGUAGAAAGGGCAGACAUAUGGGCAUCGGCAAAAGAAAGGGUACAGCCAACGCCCGUAUGCCAGAGAAGCUUAUUUGGAUGAGGAGAAUGAGAAUCUUGCGCAGACUUCUUCGUCGUUACCGUGAAUCCAAAAAGAUUGACAGGCACAUGUACCACAGCCUGUAUCUGAAGGUGAAGGGUAACGUGUUUAAGAACAAGCGUAUCCUGAUGGAACACAUCCACAAGCUGAAGGCAGACAAAGCUCGCAAGAAGUUGUUGGCUGACCAAGCCGAAGCUCGUAGAUCCAAGACCAAGGAAGCGAGAAAGCGCCGUGAAGAGAGGCUACAAGCCAAGAAAGAGGAAAUUAUCAAAACUCUUUCAAAGGAAGAGGAGUCUAGCAAGAAAUAAACCCCACCAUCCAAUUGUGUGUGUAAAUAUAGUGCUGGUCAGUUUUCUCAAUAAAACUUCCUCAACCCAUCCAA